GGCCGCUUUUCAUCACCGGCUGGUGAUCCUUGUCUAGGCUGCCUCAUCCUCGCGGAGCUCGCGACGGCUCGGGGCAGAGAGUCGCCGGGGCGCCCAGAAGCCCCGGGAAAGGACGAGGGGCCGGGCCGGGCCGGCAAUGCCUCCAGCUGCUGCGGUGCCCGCCGGUGACCGAGCGCCCGCGGCCUCGGGGGCGCAGCUGGACGCCGGGGAGGCCAGGCUUUGAGGCGCUGGGGCCUAGUGCCCGCUGCGGCGGCUCAGAAGGGCCACAGGGCCCGCGCUCCCCCGCUUCCCUCGCUCUCUGCGGCCCCGCCUCGGCUCGCUUCCUCCGCCGCCGACCGCUAUGGCCUCCGCCGCCCGGGAGAGCGCGGGCUCCGGGCUCAGGCGGUCGCCACGGCUCCCGGCGCUGCGCGGGCUGCUGCUGCUGUGCUUGUGGCUGCCCAGAGGCCGCGCGGUGGGGUCGCCCUCCGCGCCGCUGUCCGACCUGCACGCGCAGCUCUCGGGAGUGGAGCAGCUGCUGGAGGAGUUCCGCCGGCAGCUGCAGCAGGAACGGCCGCAGGAGGCGCUGGAGCUGGAACUGCGCGCGGGCGGCGGCCCCCAGGAAGGCUGCCCAGGCGGCGGCGGCGGCGGCUACAGUGCCAUGCCGGACGCCAUCAUCCGCACCAAGGACUCCAUCGCGGCCGGCGCCAGCUUCCUGAGCGCGCCGGCUGCCGUGCGGGACUGGCGGCAGUGCCUGGAGGCCUGCUGCCUCGAGCCGCGCUGCUCCGUGGCCGUGGUGGAGCUGCCCCGCCGGCCCGCGCCCCGGGCCGCCGCGCUCGGCUGCUACCUCUUCAACUGCACGGCGCGCGGCCGCAGCGUCUGCAAGUUCGCACUGCACCGCGGCUACAGCAGCUACAGCCUCAGCCGCGCCCCGGAGGGCGAGCAGGAAGGCCUGGAAGCUGGCGCCCCGGCCACCGCCCGGGCCUCGCCGCGGCCGGAAAAGGACGAGCCUCCACUUAGCAAGGCCGGGCAAGAUGUUGUUUUGCAUCUGCCCACAGAUGGAGUGAUUCUGGAUGGCCGAGAGAGCACAGACGACCACGCCAUUGUCCAGUAUGAGUGGACACUGCUGCAGGGUGACCCGUCAGUGGACAUGAAGGUGCCUCAGUCCGGAACCCUGAAGCUGUCCCACCUACAGGAAGGGACAUACACCUUUCAGCUGACGGUGAUGGACACUGCUGGGCAGAGGAGCUCUGACAGCGUCUCGGUGACCGUGCUUCCCGUGGCCUUCUCCACAGGAGGAUGCUCGAAUGUUUGCUCACGCUACCACUUCUUUUGUGAUGACGGCUGUUGCAUUGACAUCACGCUGGCUUGCGAUGGAGUGGAGCAGUGUCCUGAUGGGUCUGAUGAAGGUUUCUGUCAAAAUCUGAGCCUUGACCGCAAGAUGGUGACCCACACGGUUGUGGCACAGCCUAGACCCACCGGACCAAGCAAAGAUGCAGGCAGGGGCUCCUUGCGGGAAAAGUCCCAGGAAGCCACUGCCCCAGAACAGCCACCUGCGUCAUCAGCCAUGGAAAAGAGGAAUCAUUCUGCCUUUUGGGGACCAGAGAGUCUCAUUGAUCCUGGGAUGCCAGAUAGUGGUUCCUCAGGGAAGCACAGAAAAGAGGAAAAUUAUAUUUUUGAGUCAAAGAGCAAUCGACGAGGAGGGGAACACCCAGCCCCAGAAGCAGGUGCAGUGCUACCCCUGGCCCUGGGUUUGGCUAUCACUGCUUUGCUGCUUCUCAUGGUUGCUUGUCGACUACGGCUGGUGAAACAGAAACUUAAAAAAGCUCGUCCCAUUACAUCUGAGGAGUCUGACUACCUCAUAAAUGGGAUGUAUCUGUAAUAAGUGUAAUUUAAAUAGCUGAGGGCAAGAACAUGUUUCACUUAUAAUUUGUAUAUAUUUUGGGUUCUGAUAUUUAUAACCUCUUCUUUUUUUUGUUUUGAUUUGUUUUUAACCUCUUCUGUUUAACUAAGAAAACUACUGAAAACCCUGAAGAUUCUGCAAAUACUAAACCUUUGUUUUUAGUUAUUGAUUUUCCUUGGGAAGUAUGUGAAAUAUUUUGAAAUUUAGAGAGGAGUCCAUAUGACUACAGACUUUUACAAAUCUAACUCUGAUUUACAUAAGCUGCCCCUAAAAACAGAAAUUUGCAGUUAGCCAAGGCAGAAAAUUCCGAGUCUCUAGAGGUUCCUGGGAAAGGCAGUGUUAACUCUUUCUAGAAGCCAGCCAUUGGCACUUCAUACCACCCCACUUCCCUCGCCCUGUGGCCCUCCCAUUUCUCACUUUAAGCUUCCAGUGUUCUCCUUUCUCUUCUCUUCAAAACCUAUUUCUGAGGAUGGAGCUUAAGUGAGUGUACACCUUCAAUGAGAUGUUAUCCACGGCAGGAAUAUCUAAGUUAUAAACCUAAUGAACAGGUCAGUAAGGCCUAGGGAAGGUGAAUAUGAGUUCUUCCCAAUGCCUGACAUCGUGUCAUGUAUGUGGCUGCUUCAUUCUCCCAAAGGAGAAUGACUCAGACUUUGAAUUACAAAUAGCUCUAACAUGGUCAUGGAAGCAGAGAACCUGGCAGGUCAAAAAUUUUAACAGAAACCUAGCUAAGGGAAAAAUGAGCAAGGAGGAUGAUUAGUUCUUGUAUCUGCUCAACACUGCUCAUUUAUAUAGUCACUGGUUUUCAGCAUUAGUAUGUGUUGAUGGAAGAAAAAAACUGCAUUCAAAUUGAAAAACAGAACACUGAAUGGAUUUCUGGGUACAGCUUUUGUAAAAAUGUCACGUGUUUAAGUAUCAGCGGUUCUUCCAUUCAGUGGAGUGAUGCCGUUUUUCCGUUAUUUAUUUAAUGCUCUAAAAUGUUACAAUGUGCACACAGCUAGUGCCAGGCUUAUGUACUCCCAGAGCAUAAGGGAGUUUUGCACAAAUUCAUCUUUACAGAAAACCAGCAUCUAGCUUAGCAUCUUUUACCUUUUAAUCUGUAGGAUUUUAAAGGCAUAUUAUUUCCACCAUUGCUUAAUGCUGGGACUAUGCACAUUCUAGAAAUUAUUCUACUGAGAGGAAUGUAUAAUGUGAUGUUCCUAGUCACAUGUUUUUUUUUUUUACCAUAAGUGGCAAAUCUUUUAAAAUACUUGAAAACCCUCUAGAAAACUAUUUUUAGACUGAACCUGAUGUAAGUUAUUCCUUUAGCAAAGACUUAAUUUGGGCCAGAGAUAUACAUUAACAAAUGGAUAGUUACUUAGUUCUAGGAAAACAAAGAAAUUGGUUAUUUUUAUUUCCUAAGAAACUCAAGCAUGAAUUUUAGAAUUGAGCAAAGAUUUAAAUUUCUCCUUAAGGAGUUUAGAGAAAUGACUGUGUGAAUGAACCUAAGAUGUCUGUACUCUGUAUGUGAUGCUGUGCAGUUUGUUUUUCUAUAGAAGGAUGUCACCUAUAGCCAUAUCCAAUAAAAUAAAAACUGAUGAGGCAUGCAUCUUUCAGCACAUCUUUUAUACAUGAAGAAACUAAACACAAUUUAGUAUUGCCAUGGUGUUGAAACACUUGAUAAAAGAUGUCCCAUAUCUAUAUGUACAGUAUUCUUUAAUAAAUUUUAUUAUAUUCCUAAGCCUUUUUUUACACCUUUUAAUAUAAUCAUAGCUGCUAGUACAGAUGGUCCCUGACUUACGUUGCUUCAACUUACAUUUUUUUUUUUACUUUAUGAUGGUGCAAAAGUGACACAUUCAGUAGAAACCACACUUGGAAUUUUGAAUUUGGAUUUCUUCCUGGGCUACUGAUACACUUACUGUACAUCCUCUCUCGUGAUGCUGAACGGUGGCAGCAUAGGUCUUUUUCCCUAGAAAAUAAUCCUUUUUACUAUUGAUUUAAAACUGAUACAGUAGUGUUAACAGGGAAAUUCUGCAGGCUCUUUGAUCCAUAAGGUAAUUUCUAGGCAAAAUCCUGACAGGAUAAUCACCUAAAAAUUAAAAUAAACAAAUAAUGCUGGCAAAACAGAUUACUCAGUGUGAGGCAGUCCUUUAAAGGGCACAGUAAAAAGUGUUCAGGGCAUGGAAUUCAAAUACAAAUGUCCUCAGCUGCCCUAGGCCGUUGGACUGCUGCCUCUUAUGCUUAAGGUGCCCUCAGUAUUGCCAUCACCUGCCCUUUGACCAAAAGUGUUAUUCUGUGAUGCCCAUCCUACUGGGACACUCCACCCAAGUGAGAAAGAGUUCUUGAGACCCAGCAGCCAUAGAACUUCAUCUAACGUUAGGAAAGAAAAAGGAAAGGCAAGAAGGGAAAAGGAAGAGAAGAACAGGAAGAGGGGGAAAGAGAGAAUGAGGAAGAGGGGAGGGUUUCACCGGCCCAGCACAGCACUCUGGAGGCACUAAGGUGAGGGAGCACUUCUCAGAGUCCUGGCCCCAGCAACACAAAGUCAGUUAAAAAGAUAAAGCCUCGGGCUUCCCUGGUGGCACAGUGGCUGAGAAUUCGCCUGCCGGUGUAGGGGACACGGUGAGAGGCCCGCGUACCGCAAAAAAAAAAAGUGUAAUCAACUUUUUUUUUUGAACAACGCAGAUUUCAAAAAUUAGGGCAAUGGGAUCUAAAGUAUUUGUACAAUGUUAAUGUAUACUUUUAACCCAAAUGUCAUUUUUAAAUACUACUUGGGAAAGGGUUGAAACCCUCGUUAGAAAAUAGAAUUCUUAAUUUAAUUCUUAAUUGAGAGCUAGAUUUGGCUUUAAUAAAAUCAAAUCUGUAAAAAUCACCUUGUUUCAACAGGACCUCGCUAGACUGGAACUUUUAAAAAUGUUUUUAUUGUUGUCCUUCAUAUUAUGUAAAGAAGUCCUUCUAAUAAGGAAAAAUGAAAUGCUAAAAUAUUUUAGAAAUUAUGAAUACUAAAGAUUAAAGAGACGUUUCUUCUCUGACCAAAACAUAUAUUAAUUCAAUUCUUUUCAAGAGAAAAGUUCAUAGAUAGAAUUAAGAUUCAUUAUUUCCAUCUUUACACAUUUAUUGAUGCUCCCCUAAAAUCCAUUCCUCUUUAUUCAACAUUUAAAAAUUUUUUUUUUUUUUUUUUUUUGCCAUGCCACACAGCAUGCAGGAUCUUAGUUCCCUGACCAGGGGUCAAACCCGUGCCCCCUGCAGUGGAAACAUGGAGUCUCAACCACUAGACCGCCAGGGAAGUCCCUAAAAAUUUUAACUCAAAAAGUUUAAAGUCCAAGAGCAAUGCUUGGCAUAGCAUUUGUCUGUACCAAUCAGAUGCCACUUGGUUUGUCUUAUCAGAUUUAUAAACUGUCCCCUCAACCAGACUGCAAACUUCUUGAGAGUAAGGGCCUUUUUCUAUCCCCAAGACCUAACAAAGGGACUUACAUAGAGUAAAAUGUCGAUAAUAGCUAGGAAGGAUACAGACUAGUGAAUAAGUUGAAGAAUUAAAGUCCUAAAGAAUACUUGAUGUUUGAAACUACCGCCCGCAAAUGACAGAGUCCUGGAUCAAAAGCGUUCAUGGCCUGAGUCCAGAAGCAACACUAACAACAGCAAACUGAAGCCAGCAAUGAAUUCACAAGUUUUGGCCACCAACUAAUGCAAGUUUCCUGUGCCUAAGACCCUGCCCAAGAAGAGACACUGGUAAAAACAUGCAUGCGUAAUUUUUUUAAAGCCAUUUUCAAAGAAGUAAUGUUUAAGACUUUAACUUAAGAUGUGGGGGGAGGUGCCUCAUCCCCUCACGAAGGAUCUGUUUGCCAGAAUCAUACACACUUGCACACAGCAGAGGGAAGGGCUUUGCUGGGAGUGCUAGUUCUGCUAGCUCUAGAGCUUAUAUCUCUUCAAGUUCUAGAACCCUUAGAAAAACUAAGAUCCUAAUAUAAAGGUAUAAAAUUACAACAUUUAAGCAAGAUCCCAACGUGUUACUGCCUUCUUAGAAACUCAUUUUACAGUCGUUAUAUUAAUAAAUCUAUUUAUAGGUAAUGGAUGGGUUUUGGUAAAUUUAUCCUCAACCCUGUUCUUUCUUGACAUUAAGUCAGUGCAUUCAUUCACCCUUUCAUUCAUUCAGCAUUUAUUGUACAUCUACAAGAGGCCCUGUGUUAAGCAAAGAAAAAUAGUAAAUGAGGUGUAGUUCUUGUCCUUGAGAAACGUAGUCACAUUCCACAAAUGUACAGUUAGAUUAAUGCUCUUAACCUGCUCAGAUUUCACAAAAUGGAGCAUCAGAGAAACCACCUUUUUCUCUGUGAUCUUGGCAUUGUGUACCUGGUGGACACGCGAUUCUUCUAUGUUCAAACACCGCCAAUGCCUUUCACUUUUAACUUUAUUUGGCAAAGCAGCACUGCAUCAACUGUUCAGUGACUAGGACGCAGCUUACACAGCAUGUUAAAUCCAUAUACAUUAUGAGCAGCAAAUCAGAAACAGAAAAACAAUACUGAGCUCCUAGAAUUUUUAAAGAGAGAAAGGAAGAACUAUGUCAGUUAUGUCCAAUCUGAACAGCUGAGUGUUUUAAGGGACAUCACCUGUCAUCUUCUUAAGUUUUAAUAUUUACAAAUGCUUAGCUUUAAGGUAACAAAGCAGCCGAUUGUAUCUACAACAUGCUAUUCUAUGACACCACAUCAAAAGCUUUAAAAAGGAAGCUCAUCUCUAUUUUCUUAGUAGCAUCUAACAUACACCCAAAAACCAAGAAUCUUAACUUAUGAAUGGUGGUGUUACCUGAUGCACAAAAGCAAUCUGAUAAAUUAACAUCUGAACAGAAUUAAGUGUCUAAGAAAAGAAAAACCACUCCUCAAAAUCAAUUCACAAACUAUGUUUUCCAUUUUGCAGAACCCUUCCUUUUAACAUUUAAAGUAAAACGUGGGCAUGUUAAAGUAAUAAUACACAAAUUUAUAUUUGCAUCCUUCUACCAAUUUGGCUUCUGUGCCUCUUUGAAGAAUUAGAAACCCCACAAAACCACACAUUUUCAUGCUGAAAAUAGUGUAAGAAAGUCCAACACAAGCUGUGAUGCUGUUGAUUUUCAAAAGCUUUGAGGACUGAGAUGAGCAAUCCACUGUAAUAUUAUAUACUGGUCAAGCUGAUGUUGCUUUUACAGUUCGUCCCUGGUGGGGGAAAAGGAGAGAAAUAUAUAAGUAGGAGUUACAUAUUACAAAACUUGGCUUUCUAAUAGUUUAGAUACAACUAAUAAAUAAGUAAAAAUACACUGAUCCCCAAGCAUUAUUAAAAACAAAAACAAAACUGAGCAAAUGAUCCAAGUCAAAGCAAAAAUGGAAAUCAGCCAUUUCAGACAUCCUUCGUGCUACUCCAGAAUGAAGAAUGAAAACUAAAGGACCUGAAUUCUUUAUUUUUUAAUUCAAAAGUAACUUUCUUCCUUCAAGACCAAAUAUUCAGAGAAAUGGUAACUUUUAGAUCCAGGAUCUUGCUAAUACUAUGUAUUGUAAAAUAAUAACGAGUAGUUAGAGUUCAGAUAAUUCUUUACAGCUACAUUCACAAAAUUGGACAAAAAUUUAGUCUUUUGUUUAGGGUAUCUGUUAGCAAUUGUCGAGUGCGUCAAUCUCAACCCAAACUCUUUGUGAGAAAACGCAUCAUCUGUAGGUAUAAUAUACCUGUCAGCUGAUUUCAUAAGACAGCUUUAUCAGCUCCAAAAGAAACCAUUCGCUCAGCCAGGUGCAGCACUGUACCAGCAACUGCCAGUGAGAGGAAGGAAGGAAGAAAAAUGCAGUCUAAAAUAAAUUGUAUGGUAUAUAAAUUAUACCUCAAUAAAGCUCUUAAAAGUGAAAAAAUAAAGCUACCAGAAAAGCCUAAAAGCUUCUUAUUUGAGGGUAAUCUGAGUAACAAAAAACAUUGUUAAAGACUCAAGUACUUUAGGAGUAAAUAAGUAUGACGUUUGCAACUAAAUCUCAAGUGACUCAGGAAAAAAUGUUACAUAUAUGUAUAUAUAGAGAGAAAGAGGGAGUGAAAAGGAAUGUGGAAAAACGUUAAUAAUCGAUAACUCUGGAUGAAGAGAUUCAGGAGCUCUUUGUACUAUUCUUGCAACUUGUCUAUAAUAAAAAUUUUAAAGUUUUUUUAAAAGCUGUUAAAAUAAAUUUGAAGGGAAGGUAAAUAAAGAGCUAAAAUUUCCCAGGUAAGUGGUGAAUUAAGGGAUUAUUGGCCAGUACAGUAUUUUCUAUAAAAUAUGAAUUUUAUAAAUUGUGCAAGAAAAUAUUUGUAAAAUGACUUCUCCCAUCAGCUGUCUUUGUCAUACAGCACUGGAUUAUCUGUUAAUGAUAAGUUAUCAGUUCUUGUUCCUCUUAAUAUAUUCUUCCAAAUAAUUUAAGAACUGUAAUUCUCAUAAAACAGCUUUUACUUAAAUUCAUGCAAGCAUUAAAGUACUUAAUCUUCAAAGAGUUCACUUGCAGAGUGCUCUAUUCAUAAAUUAAAUUCACUUGUGCUUUUUAAAAUAUAGAUUAAAGAUACUAUUGUUGUUUUUUUAAAUAAUUUUACAUUUUAUUUACCUGUUGCAAGGCAUUAAGGAUUCUGUCAAUAAAUAUCCUUAUUGCCCAGCAAUACAGUAUAUAUCCUCUCCAUUUAAAAAUUUUUUUGAAAAGGGAAAAGGAUAAAAACUCUCAACAAACUGGGUAUAGAGGGAACGUACCUCAACAUAAUAAAGGCCACAUAUGACAAGCUCACAGCUAACAUCAUAUUCAACGGUGAAAAGCUGAAAGCUUUUCCUCUAAAAUCAGGAACAAGACAAGGAUGCCCACUCUCGCCACUUUUAUUCAACAUAGUACUGGAAAUCCUAGCCAGAGCAAUUAGGCAAGAAAAAGAAAUAAAAGGCAUCAAAAUCAGAAAGAAAGAGGUAAAACUGUCUCUUUUUGCAGAUGACAACUAAAAUUAGUUGUUUCUAUAUACUAAUAAUAAACUAUCAAAAGAAAAAUUAAGAAAACCAUCUUAUUUACAAUUAUAUCAAAAAGAAUAAAAUAUCUAGAAAUAAAUUUAACCAAAGAGGUGAAAGAGUUGUACACUGAAAACUAUAGAAAGUUAAUGAAAGACACUGAAGAUGAUACAAAUAAAUGUAAAUAUAUUCCGUACUCAUGGAUUGGAAGAAUUAAUGUUGUUGAAAUAUCCAUACUACCCAAAGCAAUCUACUGAUUCAAUAUAAUUCCUAUCAAAAUUCCAAUGUCAUUUUUCACAGAAAUAGAACAAUCCUAAAACAUGUAUAGAACCAUAAAAGACUCCAAAUAGCCAAAGCAAACUUUAGAAAGGACAACAAGACUGGAGGCAUCACACUUCCUGAUUUCCAACUAUAUUACAAAGCUAUAGUAAUCAAAACAGUAUGGUAUUUGGCAUAAAACAGACACAGAGACCAAUGGAACAAAGAAAUAAACCCAUGCAUAUAUGGUCCAUUAAUUAAGGAGCCAAGAAUAUACAACGGAGAAACAGUCUCUUCAAUAAAUGGUGUUGGGAAAACUGGAGAGCCACAUGAAAAAGAAUGAAACUGGACCCCUAUCUUACACCACACACACAAAAAUUAAGUCAAAAUGGAUUAAAGACUUGGAUGUAAGAUCUAAACUUAUUGUGGUGAUCAUUUUGCAAUAUAUACAUCUAUCAAAUCACUAUGUUGUACACCUAAAACUAAUGCAAUGCUAUAUGUCAAUUAUAUCUCAAUAAAACUGGAAAAGAUCAUAUUGUUAAAAAGUGUUUAAUGAUAUGGGACAAUGUUGAUGACAUUUUAUUAAAUAAAAAGAGAUUACAAAAUAAUGCUACCAUAUGAUCUCAGGAUUACAAAAGAGAUUUAUAUAGAUCUAUGGAUAAAAGAAGAAAAAAUCUACAAAAUGUUAAUAAGAGGUUACCUCUAGAUUCUGGGAUUAUGGGUGACUUUUAUUCUUUGUAUUUUUUUCCUAUUUUUACAAUGCAUAUACAUUACUUUGGUAGUCAGGAACAGUAUUGUUGAAAACAAAUAGAAGGCAAUUUAUAGCACCCCCUCCAAAAAAAAAGGAAAAGAAAUUAAGUUUACAGACCUGAGUUUGUAACAUUUAGGGUGCCAAAGAAAACCAAAAAUUUGCUGCCAUGGCAAGUAUAACCUUGUCACAUCCUAAGACUCCAAAAUCCAUUAACCUUAUUAAUUUUUCCUAAUAUUUAAAAUUCUACAUAACCAUAUUUUUCUUUAUCUGACUUACAUGCAUAGAUCAUUUACAAUAAAAGAGUACAUCCUAAAUUUCUAAAAAGGCUCUUUAAAAUUGUAUAUAUGUGUUAAUAUUUCAUUAGAUUAAUAACUAAAUAUUUGUUACUUUAUUGUAUAAUAAGUAAUUAUACAUAAUUUAAUUAUUAGGUUAAUAACUCUAAGUUACUAACAUUUAGUAUUAUGUAUUCUUUAUCAAGAACAACUGAAAAUAUGUACUACCAGGAAAUAACAAUCAAAAUCCAUGAACAUUUUCUAAUCAAUGGGCUUUCUGAGGUAAUAAAAGCUUUGUACAAUUAACUUUGUACAAAGCAUUAUGAGAGACAUAAAAAGAAUUCCAAAAGCAACAGAAUACAUUCUUGCCUUUAAGGAUGUAAAAUAUGUCAUAAUGCUGUAACACAUGUAAAGAAAUUAAAAAGCACAUUAUAGAACAAUAUGGAACACAGGAUCAGCUGGAUAUCCUAGGACCUAAACUGUCAAUCCUAGAAAUGCCAGUCAAUUCAUAACAUUUUUUUCAUGUGUACAUGGCACUUUUAAGAAGACAUCGAUAGACGAAGUACUUAUGGAAUGAGAACCCUGAAACAUUCCUCAGUUUCACAAACCAGAAAUGGACUUAUUCCUUUGACUCUUGUGGCUAUUAAAAACAAAAAUAAAAUAAAACUUACCAGAAGAUUAACAAAAUGUUGAUUUCUAGAUAUAUAAAAUAAAUAUACUUGUAUAAAAUAAAAUACAAAUUUAGAAAUCAUUAAGUUUACAAAGCAACUAAUACAACUGUUAAAUAUCUAUAGUCUUGAACAUCAUACCACAGAUUCUAAGUCUAUAGCCUAUCUCUCUGACAUUCUCUCCCCUUUUAUUAAUCCACCAAAAUUGCAAGGAACAUUUUUCCAAGUAUAAGGGGACAAAAGUCUACAUUCAAGUUUGGGGCUUUAUUUGGCACUAGAAUUCAGCAGGCCCACUAAGUUCUCUCUCUUUUUUUCCAUCUAGUUUCUAUCACACCUUCCGAUAUAAGACUGGAUCUCACUCUCACAGAGCACUCCAACUAGCUCUGGAUGCCUCAGUCAGAGAAGGAUGGAAAGCUGGUGAGAAACAAGAGAAUGUUCGUAAGAAAGCACGAGGAUGAGUUCUUGAAUUAAUCCUGAAGAAAUUCUGAAAGAACAGAAAUCAUCUAGCCUGGCAAGAAACUGACUAGGGAGCUUUCUACAUAAUUCUCAUGUGAGAUGAGAAAAUGUAGGCAACCCUUUUUAACCACAUUCUAUCCUUACCACCACUGCCUUAAUUCAGGCCACCAUCACUGUACCCCUGACUUGCUACAGAUACCUCCUAUUUCUGACCCUAGUUUUGUCCCUUUCCAAUCUACUCUCUACCCCACUGCCAGAAUUAUCUUUCUGAAAUGGAAUUCUGAUUGCUUCACUGCCUGGCUUAAACAAUCCCUCCCUACCGCCCUCAAGGCAGAGCCAACACACCACACUCUAAUUGCCUGUUUGUCUUGUCUCUACUUGACUAUAAGUUCCACGAAAAUGGUCAGUUUCAAAUUCACAGCUGUGUAUUCCUGGCCCUAAAGCAGUGCCUACAUAGUGGGCACGCAAACACUUGUUGAAUUAAUGAUGUAUUAAGAAGGUCCUCACACUGAAAAAUAUUUAACAAAUUUAACAACAGAACAAAUUGCCAAAGAAAAGUAUUACAUGUUGCUUUUCCAAAGGCAAUUUAAAAUAAAGGCUUUUUUCUUUUUUUUCCUGUCUAGGACAGUUUACGCAUAGAUUAGCCUGACGGGGAUAGAAAUAGGGCACACAAAAACUAGAUGUCCUCUCAAAUCUAUUCCACACCUAAAUUUAAAAAGCAGCAGACGGGGACUUCCAUGGUGGUGCAGUGGUUAAGAAUCCGCCUGCCAAUGCAGGGGACACAGGUUUGAUUCCUGGUCCGGGAAGAUCCCACAUGCCGCAGAACAACUAAGCCCGUGCACCACAACUACUGAGCCUGCGCUCUAGAGCCCACGAGCCACAACUACUGAGCCCACGUGCCCCAACUACUGAAGCCCUUGUGCCUAGAGCCAGUGCACUGCAACAAGAGAAGCCGCCGCAAUGAGAAGCUCACGCACCGCAAUGAAGAGUAGCCCCCGCUCACCGCAACUGGAGAAAGCCCGCAUGCAGCAACGAAGACCCAACGCAGCCAAAAAUUAAUUAUUUUAAAAUAAAAAGCAGCAGAGGUAUUUGCUGUAUGGGAGGAAAGGGGAAGGAAAGAGGUGGUGAGAGCUGACUUCAGACUACAUCUGGCACAGGGCCUCUUCCUCUCUGACUUCCAGUUAAUUCUGCCCCAUACGAUGCCCUGGCAGAGAGAAGAGGGCGGGAGGAGAGAAAACUGAGGUGACUCAUAGAUGUGGGAGUAGCUGCUUCCCUCUAUCACUACAGCUUCUGUCAGGGACCACACCCCACCCCCGCUUCUGCUGUCCCUGCUCUCAGUGGGUUCUAGUAAAAUUGUUUCCUUACCUUUAGGUCUAGAGUGGUAACAGCUUCCUACUAUCACCCUGGGAACCCCUGGUCCCUGGGUAUGUCACAUUCUUUACUGGUUCCCAUAACCUUUCCCAUAUUUCUUUGAAUAGUCCCUUCAUUAAAGUCACUUCAAAAUCCUAGCUGAGCACACUUUCUGUUUCCUGCCUGUGACCUUGACUGAUAGUUUAUGAACACAAACAGAAAUAGCAACUUAGGGUCUCUUAAUAUUUUAAGUUGACCGUUGAUGUUUUACCCUUUCAAACAUCCUAUUUUCUAGUAAUUUCUUUCAGUACAAAUUUUUUUUUAAUGUGGCAGUUGUUUUUUUCCGAUUUCAUUUCCAGAUUUUGUUUUACCUUUAUAUUCUUUAAACUUCAUGAUUUACAACUAAGUAACUGAUUAUCUCUGUAAUUAGAACUACAUCUUUGGAUAUAGGAAAAUGUGUUUGAACAGAAAAUUUGCAAUAGAAAAAAUUAGAAAGUCAUCCUAGUACAACUAAAGAAAAGUUUCCAAUGAUGCAUACAUGUAAAAUUGCUCAAUGUUUUAAAAAGUUGAAGGCCCAAAAGAAAACCAAGUGUAUAUAUAUAUUUAAAUAUUUGGUAAAUGAUUGAACAAUUGUCCAUAGAUUUAAAAAUUAUUCUAAAUUUAAUACAAAUAGUUUAGUCUUAUCAAGGGUAAAAUACAGGUGUGUGGAAGCCUGAAGCUUAUAUAAUUGGGUAAGGGGGGAACCUCUUUAUGAAGGAAAACAAAAAGGUAGGCUAAAAAUAAGACUGUGCAUAUAAAAUUUGGUAUAAGGCCAUGAAGGACCCAAAGCAAGUGAGGGCCCUGAAGCUUAAGUUUCAUUAGCUUCAAGCUGAGUCCGCCUCUGGUUAUAAAAACUAAAAUCCUUUUUAUAAUUCCUUCAUCAUUAAAUUAUGGUACUAAUAAUGUGUAUAAAAGGAGAAAUUUUAAACUUAUUAAUGAAAAUCUGAACUCUUACUUGAUACCAAAUUUCAGUAAUUUCAAUGAUAUGUCUGCCCCUUUUAUACAGCAAUCAUACAAUUAUGUAGUUAUGUAACCAGACUAGAAGCAAAAGGAACUUCGUAACUAUAUCUGAUUCUAACUGACAAGACUGAUAGCUUUUUAAAACUUUUUUUAAAGAAGUGGCUGUGCUCCAGUUAGAAUUCAAAGAAAAUAGCUAUAACUACAUUAGGUGAAGAAUUAAAAUGCAAUUCCUAGUAAGGUAUCCCAGCAAUGGCCAAUCAAAAUUAGUCAAAAGUAGAACUCAUUUUUGAACAAACUGAGUUAGAUUCGUUACCAUUUUUGCCAUUACCAUUCAUUCAAAAGGUGCCUUUCCUCUUUCCAGAAAACAAAACUGAGAGGUCUAUUAAACCUAUAAUCACCAGUUUACUUAUUAAGAAAUCAUCUUAAAAUAAGCACCUCUGUCAAAUAAAAGUAGAUUCUAAAACAAGGAAGCAGUAAGGCCUUUCUUAUUCUGGCAUUUAAUUUCAAGUAGACUUGGCUAAUGUCACUCUUACUUACUGAUCUCACUCCCUCCCACUGGAGAGAGUGGGAAGGGAAAGAAGGAAGAGAGGAAAAAGAGAAAUCUUGGCUUCAAACGAAAUAUCCAGAUUAUGCUGAGACACAGAAACAAAAGUGGGUGUUAAGAUGAGCCAUGCUGUACUGAAGAUUAUGCUACAUGCUGUUGGCCCUUUGGGAAGGUGUGUGAGACCUGGGCACUCACUUACAGAAUCCCCUCCCCUCCCCGGGAACUUAGAGUAGCUUAAAAAUUGGCCAGCCUGUUCUAUAAAAUGGUGGGUUUCUUCCUUAUAGUGGUUCUGAAAUAAGAGUGGAAUGUAAAACAGGCACAGGUUGUCAGACGUCUAUGAACCUGAUGGAAAGAGAGAAAUCAAGCUGAGAGGGAGAAUGUCCUCUCUGGGAUUCUGACACCUUCGAAAACUGGGACAAGAGUAUCUUUUCCCUUCUUUCUCUUUACAACAAUGGUAUAAUAGAUAUGAACUGGGGCAGGAAAUGAUGACCCCUUCUCUUCAGAUGACAGCCUUUGUUUCCAUGACCGUACAACAGCUAUGAAAAUGAGUUGCAAAUAUAGAAACAGAGUGGCUGAUACUAAAAUAAUCUUAGAAAGUGUGGCUGAAAGCCUCUUUAAAAAGAAAAACACCUUUGUGCCAACCAAGUCUCACCCCCCUUUCCCAAAGAUGAGUUAAAUCAAAAGGACAGACCAUGCAAAACUUUUCUACAUUUUUAAUGUAGUGAAUUUCUGAUGUUAAAAUGGAGCAGCACAAAGGUGACAACCGAAAAAGCAGCUCUUGUAGUCUAAUCUCUUAAAAUCCACACCCUUUCACCUUGCAUGUGUGGAAGAAGAAAGAGCAGAAGAUAAAAUCACUUCCACCUGGACCACUGCUUUUCUUUAUCUGUUAAAGGCACGUAUAUCACUCCCAUCAGAGGCUUCAUUUUGACACUGCCAUCCUGGAGCUUGUCAUACUGCUCCAGCAUCUGGUUUCCACCUGCAGGACCAACUGGCAAUAUCAAUCUUCCACCAGGCUUUAACUGGUCUAUUAGCUAAAAGAAAAAGAAGAGCACAUGUACACCAAGCUAUAGAUUUUAUGUUAAUAGUCAUUUUACAUCACUAUACACAACUUUCAGUGUCCAUGGGCAGAAAGCAGAAAUGUACUUUAUUUAGUACAUACAUACUUCCACUGUUAAACUCGUUACUCAAUUACCCACUCACUCAUUUACCUACCGACCUUCCCUACUACAGUACAAAUGUUCUGACGACAGGGACUGUGUCUUAUUCAUCUUUGUGCCCUUAGCAUCUAACACAGUACCUGGUACAACUGCAAUGCUCAAAAUGUUUGAGUUGAACCACAUAAUGUAGGACUAUCCUCUUGGGAAGGCCAAAGGCAGAACAGGAAAUUUCAAUUCCUGUAUGCCUAUUUUGAAUCUUUAUAGUUUGCAGGGGAGGAGGGGAAGUGUAGAAAAUCAGCAAGGAAUCCCUAUCCUAUCUAAGAAUUUAAGGCAUCACUGAACCAAAAAUAAGGGAACCUUGGUUUUAUGACUGAAUUUAGGAUUACUGGCACCAUGACAUGACGAAGGAAGGUAGGGCUGGAGUCUCUGCAGCAUUAGAAUGAGGACGCCCUGUCAAUGAAGAACCAAAACUACUCAGUGAAAGCCCCUCUGGUCAGAAAAUUUUUAAGUCGUAUGUCACAAUUUGAAUGUAGCCUGACAGAUGACCACUGAUCAAAAACAGUAAGGAAGAAACCUUACUUUGGAUAGUAUUAUCCCAAGGAAGGGUGUCCUUAAAUAAAAUUUUUGUUGUCAGCAAGUCUACCUUAUUUUUUCCCUUUUAAUUUUCUAAAUGUCAAGGUUUUUAAUGAAAAAAUAGCAGGCUUCUUCCCACUACUCCAGUCUUGCUCCCUAAAUCCACUCAUUUUAAAUCCUUUCAGCUGUCUUCUUUUGUAGUGCUUACUUCUAAAGCAUGUCUUUUUUUUUUUAACUGAAAUAUAAUUGGCAUAUAAAUAGUGUAUUAGUUUUAGGUGUACAAUAUAAAGAUUUGAUAUAUGUAUAUAAUGUGAAAUGAUCACCACAGUAAGUUUAAUUAACAUCCAUUACCACACAUAGUUACAGUUCUUUUUUCUUGUGAUGAGAACUUUUAAGGUUUACUCUCUUAGCAACUUUCAAUUAUAUGGUAUAGUACUAGUGACUAUAGUUACCAUGCUGUAUAAUAUUUCCUCUUUUAUUUCAAAUUAUGUGGUAGAUGAGGACUAAGCUCUCAUACAUAAACAGCUGUCCCUCGGUAUCCAAGGGGGAUUGGUUCCAGGACCUUACCUCUGAUACCCAAAUCCGCAGAUACUCAAGUUCCUUAUAUAAAAUGGUAUAUUUGCAUAUAACCUAUAUAUCCCAUAUACUUUAAAUCAUCUCUAGAUUACUUAUUAUACCUAAUACAAUGUGAAUACCAUGUACAUAGUUACCAGGUGUGACAAAUUCAAGUUUUGCUUUUUGGAACUUUGUGGAAUUUUUUUUUCUGAGUAUUUUCGAUCCAUGAUUGGUUGAAUCCUUGAAUGUGGAACCCUCAGAUACAGAGGGCCAACUGUAUUCUUCUCCUUUCCCCCAAUCCAACCAAUAUCAUAAUUUUUUAUUAAAACCAUUUUCAGUUAUGACUGUGUAAAUGUAAUUUGCAGCUGAGCCAAGAGGUACCCAAUGAUUGUUUCCUUUCUUAUAUAAUAGCUGUUUUCCCUACAGUUAAAAACUGAAGGUUUUUCUUUUUUCAUUCCCUUAAUUUUCUUUGUAACUGUUUCUAAAUCUUGGUACCCUCCCAGCUUCUUAAUGAAAUUUUCACGCAGUCAAAUCUAUCUAAUUAGUGCCUUCCUUUUUUUAAAUUUUUUUUUAACUGCUCUUUUUUCUUUUUUGGUAGGCUCGCUUCUAGUACCUUCCUCCUCUGCUCUAAAUCUGGACUGGUUAUUCUCCAGGCCUGCUGCAUAGCGUUCAUACUGGGACUUCCUUUGCAAUAAUCCUGGAAUCCUGGGAACUCUUACCACCUCUCUCUUGAACAAAAUUUCCUACCUUCCUAGAUACCAUGGCUGCUUCUUUUCAGUUUUUCCUGCUCUCUCUCUACUCCCUCAUUUUUUGAUGAUAUAAUUAAAGCAAUUCCUCCAGAAGUAUUCUGUGAAACAGUAUGUGGAAUAUUUUUAAAGACAGAGAUUGAGAUCGGCAAAUCUAAAAUUAUCUUUAUUCUAUGUAUUUAGUGACGUGUGUGGGUAUAGAAUUCAAGAUUGGAAAUCAUUUUCAAUUCAGAAUUGUGAUGGUUUGCCUCUGACUUGUUCAUUCUGAUGUUGGUUUUCUAUAGUCUGAUGCCUUUCUGAUUACUGACCCUUCAACGGAUUAUCUAUUUUGCUUUUCUGGAAACUUCUGGAAUAUUCUCUUUAUCUGUAACAUUCUGAAAUUUCAUGGUGAUAUUGUGGCUUUUUUUUUUUUUUUAAAUUCAUGGUACUAGGCACUCAAAAGAUCUUUUCAAACUAUAGAAUUAUGUCUUUCAGUUCUCAGAAAUUUUCUUAGGGCUUAGGGCUAACUGUUCCUCAUAAAGACUUCCAAGUAGCAGCCCCGUUAUUCAUUUAUGACUUGUACACCUUUCUACAUCAUGCUAAUACUUCAAUUAAAAUAUGUUAAAACCA